AUGGCGAAUAUGAUCAUUAAGAAACAAAUAAGAUCUGUAAGUUUACCUUCAAGAUCGCAUCCAAGCACGAGUGGGAUCGAAGAAGCUCUUAAUAAGAUGAAAAUAAUUACAACCACGACAGAUUCAUCCGAAUCGAUUUUGAUGGGCUUGGCCGGUUUGGAGGAGCUCUACAAUUGUACGGAGGACUUUCUGAAAAUGGACUCGACGCAACGUGUUAUGUCGUCUGAUAGGUCACGGUUUAUGGAGGAGAUGCUCGAUGGUUCGUUGAGGCUGAUGGAUAUAUGCAGCGUCUCGAGAGAUCUCAUGGUGGAAACUCACGAGCAUGUUCGUGGUGUUCAGUCAUGUGUUAGAAGAAAGAAAGUAGCCGGAGUAGGAGGAGGAGACCAGUUCGAUGUCGCUAUCUCGGGAUAUGUCGGAUUCAGAAAGAACAUGCGAAAAGAAGCUAAGAAGCUUCUAGGAUCCUCGAAGAAAAUCGAUUGUGGCUCAAGUUCAUAUGAGAAUGAUAAUGAUCAUGAUGAUGAACAUCUUGUGGCGGUUAUAAAUGCGAUGAGACGAGUAGUUUCGGUUAGUGUCGAGGUGUUGAAGUCUUUCUUGGAGUUCUUGUCCGGACGACAAAGUAACGUAAAGAGCAAGUUGGCUUCUGUACUAAUGAAGAAGAAGAAGAAGGAUAAUCAUGAGGCGACCAAGAACGAUUUGGAGACAUUGGAUUCCGCGAUUUGCGGAGAUUUUUGCUCUCGUGAUGGUCUGCAAAAGAAGCUUGAGGAGGUUGAAGUGAGCAUUGGUGGAUUCGAGAAGAAUCUAGAAGGGUUGUUUCGAAGGUUGAUAAGAACACGAGCCUCUCUUCUCAAUAUAAUCUCUCAUUAG